AUGUCGAAGCCAGUUGAAAUUCCAGGUAAAUUUGGGUUCGGUACCAUGUCCAUGACAUGGAAACCAACCCCGCCAUCGUUUGACCAAUCGAUUCAAACACUCGAUUUCGUGACAUCGCACCCGGAAUUUGCUACAAAGUUGUUGAACGGUGGAGAGUUUUAUGGACCUGACGACUUGAACUUGAAGCUACUUCAACAGUUUCUUGCUCAAAGCAGCCCCAAUCUCAACAAGGAGUUGGUCAUUUCAAUUAAAGGUGCAUUUGAUCUCAACAAGAUGCAACCGGAUGGAUCCAAGGAGUACAUCGCGAAAUCGGUCAAAAACGUUGCCUCGUAUUUCCCCAAGGCUGAAGGCCGACCAACUUUGAUUUACGAAGCCGCUAGGGUCGACCCCAAAGUGCCUUACGAGGACACAAUCUCGUACAUCAAGGAGUUUGUCGACGACGGCACCAUCGACGGCAUUUCAUUAUCCGAAGUGGGCGUAAACUCCAUCCAAAAGGCAUUGAAAGUGGCCCCGAUCUCAUGCGUUGAACUUGAACUUUCCCUUUUCUCACAAGAAGUCAUCGAUACUGGGAUCCUUGCUGAACUUUCGAAGCACCAAAUCCCAUUAAUUGCUUAUUCUCCCUUAUGCAGAGGUAUACUCACUGAUUCCGCAGUCGAGAAUGCCGAGUCCUUUCUUGAUGGCGUGAAUGAUUUUAGGUCACAUUUGGACAAGUUCCAACCCGACAUUUUCAAGCACAAUUUCCCUGCCUUGAAGGCCCUAUACGAUUUUGCUCACGAUGUGAAAAAGACCACUUUGGAAAGCUUGGCGCUUUUCUGGAUCUUGAAGAUUUCAGGCCAAAAGAACUUUAGAGGAAUCGAACAAGUCACGAGGGUUUUGCCUAUCCCUUCUGGCUCAACUAAGCAGCGGGUUCAAGCUAACUUCGGCAGUAUUGUGGAAUUGACCGAUGACGAUUUGGUUGCCAUUGACAAGAUCUUCAAGGAGCACCCAAUCAAGGGAUUGAGAUAUAACGCGCAAGUUGAAGGAACAUUGUUUGGUUAG